AUUCUGAUUGGUUGCUAAGCUGAAGGGCACAUUUACGAAAUUGAGUUGCGCUUAAUUGCAGCCGUAGUCUGUCUGUCAGUGUAAUGUCAGUAGACUUUAGAAGAUUAUAUGAUAAGGUCUCUCACUUACGACUUAUACUUUUACCAAUAAGAGCGUCAACUAACGUGGCAUUCUUGUUAAUGAACAGUGAAUACUGGUCAUAAUAAAACACCUUCUUGUCUCAUGGUCAUUAGCAAUAUGUGGGCAAUACGGGUGUGGUGGUUUAAGUAGGACAGUGUUCGGAUGUAUUUAGUGCUUCAAUGUCAAAUAUAUGUCCGCGUUUGAUAGACUAUAUUGUACUGGUUGGUUCGCGAUUACCUGGGAAUGCGUACUCAGUGCAGUCUCCCGAGAUUCUUUGUCGAUUUCCUCCCACAAACCACAAGGAUUUCCCUCUUCCUACAGAUGUGUCUUUCUUUUGUCAGCCAGAAGGAUGUAUUCAUACUUCCAGCAACACAUUCCCUAUAAAAUCUUUGGAUAAUAACCUUGAUGGGAUAAAGUCGAUGACAUUUUUAUUUUCGCUAACUGAUAAGGAUUCCAGUAAAACACGGUAUGGUAUUUGCACCAACUUCUUCAGACCAGUCAACCUUAGAAGUGUGAGUAAAACUACAUAUCCAAAUGGCAGGGAAGGCGCACAUUUUGGCGACGUAUCUGGUAAUGGACCAGUUCCAUGUUCUAGUGAAAGUAUCCCGGAUAAAUCCUUGCCAUCUGGAAAACUAAAAAAUACAAAUAAUGUCUAUAGCUUAACGUCAAUCUGUUUAAUCACUCAUUAUCCUUUUGCUACAACGUUUGCACGGCUUGUGCAAUGUGUACAUGUAAUUUUAAAGAAGCUACACAAAUUGUCAAAACCCAGCUGUGUGGAAAGUCCAGAUAUAUGGGAUGUAUUGACAAGUAAUAUUACACUAUCAUGCUCUUAUCCUGUUGUGGAAAGCACACGUCAGUUCCAAUGUUGGAUUCUCCGGCUUCUCAGUGCACCAGCACCAAUUCCUGGCUGUACAUGUGUAUAUCUUUCAGUUCAACCGCGAACCUUAGGUUCACCUUUGUGUUUUGCUCUUCCUGAUCAAUCACGUCUUCCUUUGGUUGAUUUUCCUGUGAAUCUGCCUUUUGAAAUUAUGGGUAUCAGGAAAACUUUUCGGUUAAUUAUGUGUCUUCUAUUGGAACAAAAAGUGGUUUUACAAUCAUCUGAUUAUAACAAGUUAUCCUUAACAAUUUUAUCAUUGGUUGCAUUACUCUAUCCACUUCAAUAUAUGUUCCCAGUUAUUCCUCUUCUACCUGCAUGUAUGCCUGAUGCAGAACAGCUUUUGUUAGCGCCUACACCCUAUUUAAUUGGUGUUCCAACAGCAUUUUAUACUGCACGGAAAAUUUUUCGUAUGCCUAAAGAUGUUUGGUUAGCUGAUUUGGAUACUCGUGAAUUAUCUUAUCCUAUGGUGGUUGAUGAAAUACCAGAGUUACCUGAAAUAGAAAGUAACAUUCUUAUUAAUCAUUUAAAAAAAUUACUUCACGAAUUUUCAAGUUCACCUCAUAUUGAUUUGGAUUUGGAUGAUUCUUCGAAACAUUGGCCUGUUUCUGUAGCACGUACAACUGCAUUUGAGUUAUCGAAAUUCGAUCCUUUAUUGUAUACACUGACAAAAGAUUCUGUUGAUGUCGGUAUACGUGUAUCUAUGAUUCUCUUCUUCAAUACAAACAACAUUCUAGGUGGAUUUACUAAUCAUAUACGUACUUUACGAUUAUUUCCUCGGCCAGUUGUUGCAUUCCAGUAUGAAAGUUUUAUGAAGUCUCGUCCAAAGCCAUGUUUGUUUACUAGCAUGCUUGCAAAAACUCAGGCUGUUGAAUAUUUUGCUGAAUCUUCAAUUUGUGCAUUGAAUGAAGCCUAUCAACGUAUCUGUUCAGGAGUUUAUUCCACAGAAUUAAUUGGUGAUAAGUUAUACUGGUAUAAAAAUCAAUUAAAACCAGUCUAUUUUGAUUGUUGUGACAAAUUAAUCGAUUAUGCCAAUGGUACAGCUACUAAUACACCCAUAUCAAACCCAUCAUCUCCCAGGCUUAAUCUAUCCUUAUCGAAUUCCAACCAGUUAAUGUUAUUUCAAGCUUUUGAAUUAGCAAAACGUAUCAUAAAUAGACGAUGUUCUGGUGAUAUAAGUACAGAGAUUGAUACAGAUAGCAUAAAUAAUGAUAAGAAUAAUUUGUCGAAUGAUGCUCAAACCAAUGAUUUUAUUGGUAUGUUUAAAACCUAUUCCAAUGACUCUGACUCAAAUCAUUCUUAUGAAACCGUUGUGUCAAAUCGUACAAUAUCGAAAGAGAUGGAAGAUUGUAUUUCAGUUCAAGCAAAUAAACCAUUGCCUGAUUGUCUAACUGAAUUUUACACUCCACCAAUAGAGUUAGUUUAUAGCAAAGAACCUAGUACUACACGUUGUAGUCUAUCAUUGGAAAAUGCCGAAAGUACAUUGUCGAAUUUCUGGAGUCAAUCUACUCUGAUAACGUCCGAUCCCAGGAAUAUUAACGAACAACUGAUAAAUACGAACACUGGAAUACAGUCUUUAGGAGUUCCUAAUUCAGAAAGUGAUACUCUAACUAGAUCGUCAUCAAUUUCAUCGAGACGUUCGACAAACGAUACUUUACAUCUUGUAUCUCGUUUAUCCUCCUCUAUUUUUGUGGGCAAUGGUAAUGAUUCAAAAAAAAGCUCUACUGUAACAUCAAAUAAUUUUGGUGAUGAUAAUUUGAGUUGGGAUACAUCUGUUACUUUAUUAUUUGGUGAUUUGUUAAAAUCAAACCGUCUUCGAAGUUUAGCAUUCAAAGAUGUUCCUCUUUCUGCUUUACAAAUACAUAAAAAACGAUUGGAAAAUGAACGUACAAUCAUUGAUUUAUCAAAAUCCAUUAAACAAGGUCGAAUACCAAAUAUAUUUUCACGUAAUCAAAUUAACACAUUAUUACAAGAUGAGAAUUAUCGAAAUCUAUUAAUUGCUCGUAUAAAUGAUAAUCUCUCAAAAGAUGUCCUACCAAAUCAAUUGCAUAUUGAUGAUGUGUCUAUUCAACAGUGGGAUCAAUAUAAAGCAAUUUUAUGGACGCUUAAACAAAUGAUCAAUGGUUUAGAAUAUAGUUUUCGACCGGAUAUUGUAUUCCCAACUACAAAUCAAUAUGAUCGCAUUACUAGAGAUAAAUCACCAUCGUCAAAUAUUCCAAAUCCAUUGAGUAACACUAGUUGGUUAUCCUAUUCUACUGGUAUUUUGAAAAGUGGUGGUUUGGCUUCAGCGUUUAUGCUUAUGGAAGUUGCACAUACGCAUUUCUAUCGGUUGCCUAAUCGAACAGGGCACAUAGAUAAUAAUCAUGAUGAAAAAUUCUUUUGGAAUAGCAUGCCAACUACACCCACAACGGAAUUGAGAUCACCUAUACCAGCAAGAAGAUUAGUUGGUAAUGAUAUUUCUUCAGUUCGAUAUCAAAAUAAUCAAUUAGAUUUAUCGGACUGUGAAUCAUACAGUAGAAAAGGUUCAAAACUAGAGCUAUUUCGUGGUCAUGGUCGUCAUCAAUUCACCAAUGUUAUUGUUACAAUGAGUGAACCAUCAUCGGAUAGAGAAGAUAAUGAACAAAUUCAAUCAAAACCUAUAUUUAAAUCAGAUAGUACUGAUAUUAUUAAACACAAUAUUCAACCAUUGAAUAAUGCAAACAACACUAUCAAUGUUGGUCAUACUGGAAGUUGCAUUACAGUGAAUCGACAUAAUGAAUGUGAAAAAUUCGAUAAAUUGUUUGCUUCUGAUGCCAAACUACACGAAUCAAUGAGUAAAUUAAAACCAUAUCGUGAUAAUGAGAAUGGCGUCAACGAUGAUGAUAUACCGCCAGAUUAUGUACCGGAAUUGCCUAAUCGUAAAAGUCAACGAAGUUUUGGCUACAGAUAUUACCAAUCACACUUAAUUUUAACGGAUCCAUCAAUCACAUCUAGUUCAUCUGAUGAUACAGACGAUCAGACCACAUGUACAAUAUUUACUUCUUCACCGAAUACAUGCACACCACCAGCAGUUUAUCGUCCUGACUUAAAAUUUCAUUUUAAUGAUACUGAAUCAGAAAAUGAAGAUAUAGAUAAUAAACAUCAACAACAAAUAGAGAUAGAACAACGAAGAAAACAAUCAGAAUGUCAUAUGUGUAGACUAACUUUGCUGAUACCAACUCCACCUCCACCAAAUUCAUCAUCAGUCAUGACAGUAUCUCCAUCUAAGAUGAAGAAAGUACCAUGGACUUACUUAUUUGAAGAUAUUUUCGAUACUGAAUGGCGUAAAAGUAAAAUAUUGGGUAAUCUACAAUUUUGGGAAGAUUCCUUUUUAGAUACAGUUGCACAGGAACGAGAUAUACUUGGUAUGGAUUUUCGACCAAAAGAACUUUUAUUAAAAUAUCAAAAUGCUUCUUUAUUGAAACGUAAACAAAUGGAAUUAGAAGAAGAUUGUUUAUUAGUUAAUAUAAUGCAUAAUAUGAUUGCAUUUAUGCUAAUGGCUAAUGUGGAUCGUAUAUCUAUACGUAAAAAAUUACAACGUCUACUAGCUAAAAGUCAUACAGGUUUACAUUAUUCACGAAAAAUUAAUGAUUUAUUAAAUUCAUUAAAUUAUUUGAAUGGGAAUGAUAUCGAUUUAAAUGUGGCUCAAAGUCGUUUUAUUGUACAACGUUCACAUGAAGCCUAUCGUGGUUCAGAUGAGAGCGGUGAACUAAUAUUUCUUGAAGUUUGCUCUGAUUAUCUAUUAAUUCGUAAUUUAUCUGGACGUAUAUUAGAACGUUUAUGGUAUGAUCAAGUGAUCAAUUUAACGUAUAGAUCACAUACACAUAUAUUAUGCAUUACAAGACAAAUAUUUGAUCAUUCACAAAUGGAUUUAUUUUAUACUCGUAAAUCUCGUUUAGUUUAUCAACAGAUCAAAGAAUCAAUGAAAAAUAUAUCUGUAGAAGCUUCACAUGGAAUAUUAAAUGGUGAUUUGAACGGUGAAAUUAAUGCAACUAAUUUGGAUAACAAUCAACCUGGUACUAUUAGUAUCUUACCAGAUGGAUUCGUUAUCAAAUUCGGUGAUGAGCAGAAAUUUAUCAAAUUACAUAAUAUUAAACGUUGUUGUACAAUAAAAUCGGAAAUAUUUACGAUUGAUGUAUACGAUCAAGAGAAGAAAGCAAUGAUCACUUAUCGAUUUCAAACGGAUAUGGCUUUAAUAAUUUUAAGCUUAUGGAAAAGUAUCAUUGAAUCGGCUCUUCGACCUAAAUUGAAGAAUAUGACAAAGUGAUGAUUGAUGAUCAUGAUGAUUGACAACUCAUUUAUUUCAAAAUUUUGUAUCACUUUUCUCAAUGUCAUCAUCAUCUUCAUCAUUGAAGUAAUUCAUUUACUCUGGGAUAAUUCAAAAAUAAUCAAAUAAAUCAAUGAUGUCAUAGCAACUAAUCAUAAUACAUUGGGAUACAUACAAAGGAAAUAACAUUUUUUUUUGUUGUUGUUGUUGUUACUUGUUAUUGUUCCCAAAUCAAUUCUGUAUGUACAUGUGAUGAAUGUAUUUUAAAUGUUCACCUCCUGUAUUUUAUUCUUGUUCAACAAUUAAUUGUCUUCCUUAUAAUAUACACAUUUCAAUAUUCUUUCAUUUUUUGUAGAUGUUGUGAUCAUGAGUAUGUGUGUGUGUGUGUAUAUUUCUUCUCUACUUGAUGGUUACAUAACUUACUUUAGAUUGAUUGAAGAGAACAAUGUUGUAUACAUUUUGGUUUCUAUUACAUUUUAUUCUAUGUAUCACAAGUGAAAGUGAUCGAAUUGCCUCUAUUGUUUCAGUGCCUGUUGUCGUUAUUCAAUUGUAUUGACAAAUGAUUAUCAAUACUUACUUACUUAAUUACUUACGUAUGCCUGUUACUCCUCGUGGAGGAGCAUAAACCACCCAUCAGCAUUCUCCAUCCAACCCUGUCCUGAACAAUUCUUUCCAGUUCUUUCUAAUUGUUAUUCAUCCUUUUCAUAUGUGCUUUGAUUUCUCGACGUAAUAAUCAUUAUUAUAGUUCAGGUUAUGUGUUUAACAUCAUUUCAAAAGAUACCAUUUCAUUAUAUAUUUUCAUUUAUUCACAAUUAUCUGUAUGAUGUUUCAAAUGGCUUUUUCCUCAUGACUUCAUUUGCUUUGUAUAAGUCAUUAGUUACGUAUUUGGUUAUCAAUGAUCUUUUGUUACUAUAUUUCUAAUUCAUUAUCACUGUGAUAUUUAUAUUCUCUAUCAGUUAGUCUUUCCCUAAUAUCAUUUUCACUAUUAUAACAAUCAUACAGAUAUUUUUUUCGUAUUGUUGAUGAUCCAUUUCUUUCUUGUUCCCUCCUCUUUCCUCCCUCCUUACAACUCAUUAUUAUCUUUAUAAUUGAAGAUGAAAUCUUGAUAUAACUUUCUAGAUUGUUGAUUAUAAAUUUCUUUGUGUUUUUGUCUGUUACUUCAUUUACAUUCCAUGAUAAAAUGGGUUAUGGUAAGAUUUGUUUAGUUGUAUUUUGCAAAAUCUACACUCUAUUAUUAUUCAUAUCACUUUGUAUCUGUGUGGUAAUGUUGAUAUAGCAACUUGAACUGAUGUAUUUUGCAUACAUACUUACGAAAUUCUAUGUUGUUACUGACUGGCUGACUGACUGACUGAUUAACAUCAUCUUCACAUACACAUUCCUCGUUGUAUAUGUCAAUUUGUUUGAGAAAUGACUUUUCAUCGGUAUUAUUAUUAUUAUUAUCAGUCGUAAUAUUGUUUAUUUGUUGCAGUUUUCUUAAUGUAAAAAUUUCGAUCAUUUGUUAUAAUACAAUUUGAUUGAACCC